AUUAGCUUGUAGUAAUUUGGUGUGAUUUGUUGUGUUUGCUCUUUAAUGUAGCGAUUACAUUAUCUCUUCAUAUAUUUCAACUGCAGCGAUUCGAUUCAGUUUUUGGUCCGACUCAACGCCGAAACACGCUUAAUUAUUUCCACAGUGCAAGUGCUUACGGCCAAAUCAUGCAGAUAAACAGUGGAACUAAACAAAUAAUAUUCUUCGUGAUGGAAGAAUGGAAACUGAUUUUAUUUCUGACUCUAAUUUUUGGUGUGUACAUGUAUUACACAAGUACAUUUGAAUUCUUUGAACAAAAAGGGAUCAAGUUCAUGAAGCCGUAUCCUGUAGUAGGUAAUUUGGGCUCUCGGAUGAUGGCAAAAAAAUCGUUCCAUGAAUUCCAAUAUGAGAUCUACAACUUUUUUAAAGGCAAUCCUUACGGAGGUAUAUUUGAAGGAAGGAGACCAUGUCUGUAUGUGUUGGACCCAGAGUUGAUAAAAGCAAUCACAAUAAGAGAUUUUGAACAUUUUGUUGAUAGAAAUACUUUCACUAGUAAAGAACCAAGAUACUUAAGCCAAUCUCUCCUUAAUUUAAAGGGUUCAGAAUGGAAAGGAGUCCGCAGCACACUGACCCCAGCAUUCAGCUCUGCCCGGUUAAAGAAUAUGUUGCCUUUGAUUGAGGUGUGCACAGAACAAAUGGUUCAGUUUUUAAAGCAGUAUGACAAACAGGAUGUUGAAAUGAAGGACACUAUGGGACACUUUACGCUGGAAGUUAUAGGUGCAUGUGCCUUUGGUAUCAAAUGUGAUGCUUUGACUGGUGAAAAUGCUAAUUUUAUAAAGAUUGCAGAAAGAUUCAACUAUAUGUCUAAGUCUAAGAGGAUGAUGAUAUUCUUUUUCCUAUUAUUUGCACCAAAAAUGUUGAGGUAUUUCAAUAUAUCUUUCAUGAACGAAGAGAGUACAAGAGAAUUAGUUACAAUACUGAAAGCUGCCAAGAAAGAAAGGAGAUCGGGAGAUUACAAGAGAAAUGAUUUCUUGCAGCUGCUCAUAGACGGAGCUAAUAAAGAAAAUAUUGAUGCGGACGGCACAAAAUCAGGAACAUUGCUAGAUGACGACACGAUCGACGCGCAGUCUCUCCUGUUUCUCAUAGCGGGUUACGAAACGUCCAGCACUUUACUCUCAUUCGCCAUUCACAUGCUGGCUACCAAGCCAGACAUCCAAGAAAAGCUUCGAGCUCAUGUCACGGAACAUACAGAGGGAAAGGAAAUGUCUUACGAGCUGCUGUCGCAGCUGUCUUAUUUAGAAGGCUUCUUAUUGGAAACGUUAAGAUUGUUCCCACCCGUCGCCCGAGUUGACAGAGUUUGCACCAAGAAAUACACACUACCCGGAACACCAGUAGAAAUCAACGUGGGAGACGUGAUCGCUAUACCAGUGUACGGGAUCCACACGGACGCUGACAUCUACCCACAACCGGAGGAGUUCAGGCCGGAGAGGUUCAUCGGGGAAGAAAAGAAGAAUAGACCGGCGCACCUGUUCCUGGCCUUUGGGACUGGGCCGCGGAAUUGCAUAGGUCUACGAUUCGCCAUGUAUUCCGCAAAAUUGGCUAUGGUCUCGCUUCUGAAAAACUUCAAGUUUUCCACAUGCCCGAAGACUACUGAUCCCAUUAAAUUUGACAAGAGGGGUUUUUUGUUGAAGGCAGAUCUGUGGGUGCGCAUUGAAUCCCUGUGAGUAAUGCACAGGGAUUCAUUUAAAUGUAUAAGGAGGUACUAGCUUAAUUUGUUUUUGAUAUGGUUGCGGUUGGUAUGGUGGUAUGGUUGGUUGAAUUCUAUAAUUUUAGACAUUGGUUUUGCAUAGUGAUGUAAAGUCUACCUAAAUUGGCCAUGGAGCGUAACUUUGGCCAUCGGGAUGAAUUCGGUGCAGGUUUUAUUAACCUUUUAACCGCCAGCAAUUUUUGAUCGAGCGUGCUCGUGUCGCCACCGUCAGUAAUUGUACCACGCAGAGUAAGGUUGCCACAGUUACGGGAGUUAUAAAUGUGCUGUAGAAACCAAAUCAGAUCUUUGUCUUAUUUAUGAGACUGUGGCGAAAUGAGCUGGAUAUGUAAUGUCUUAUAUAUCAGACUCUGGCGGUUAAAUGGUUAAUGCAAUCGUCAUCUAGUUAGUUUUAAUAGCUAAUCUUCCACAUUUUUCGAGUAUGUGAGGUGUGCAGUAAAGAGUAUUGUAUUGUAUUUUUAUAUGUUUUUCGUGCAAACCAAAGUUAGCCUCUGUUGGGUUAAUGUAACUCAACUUUACGGUAUUAUGCCUAUUAUACAGAAUAAAUAAUAGUACUACCGUACAGAAAGGACAUUUUCUACAAAACCGAAGUUUGACAGCGAUACAGGGACGAAUCAUGCUAUCCCUUUUUAAUGUAUGGCACUAUACUUUUCGGUUAUUUAGGAUUGUCAAAAUUCAAGUGAUUAUCUUAUCUGUGGUCGUGCACGCAAAAGGACGUCAAGUGGUGCCAACCCUAAUAAUUGCUCGGAGCAAUGCUGAGCCGAACGGUGCCGAGUUUGCCCGAAAGGAGGAGUGUCUCCCCACUGCCUAUAAUUUGUAUCAGUUGAUAUUUUAUCAUGACUUCAUGAUGCAACCUUUAAUUGUUUUUGAAAUGUAGCCUUGAUUGGAAAACGCCUAGAAAACGCAUGGUUAGAUGUUGUAUUUUUUUUUAAAUUAAGAAUUUAUUUACAUAUAACAUAAAAUACUGCAAUAUAAGUAUUAAGAUUUAUAAGACAUCCGUUUAUUAUGUAUUUGCAUAGUGCAUUUAGUUCAGAAAUGUUUAUCUUGCCAAGAUUAUUUUACAAUGUGAUAUGGAUAUGACUAGUGAUGUCUGUAUUUUGCACUUCCUAAGAGCAGCAUUUUUAUUACUGAGCAAACUGUACAGAUUGAAAGUACAUAAUUAUUUAAUUAACAUUUAUUAAUCCCUGUUAGGUAUUAAAUUAUGAAAUUAUAGCUAUUUUUAUUAUGUACACAAUUUAUUUAUGAAUUGUAAUUUAUUCCGUUUUGACGAAUUUUGCUAUGAAGAAUCCUAUUGUGUCUUUAUAUAUGGGAUGUUUAGUUGGCCUUAAACAGUCUUCUUCGGGUCCAAAUCUUUGUAGCAUUGCUCUGUAACAAUAAUAGUUACCAUAAAUAAAAAAAAACAUGUGUCAUACUUAGGCGAAAUGUACCACUUUGGUGGUUGUUGAUAAGAUAGUAUUGUCAUAAAAAGGGGUAUCUUUUACCUGAUUAUUUUUCAUGUGAUAGUAUGUGAUAAAUGACUGUAUAUUCGUAUGUCAUAUACAGUAUUCAUGUAAUGCUCAGAGUACAAUAGAGUACAAAUUUCAAGUUAUUAUUUAUACGAGAUAGUUAAAAUGUCCAUCUUUGGACCUAUCAUCGAGAUUCAUUUCACUUAUAGGUAAAGAGAUUAUUUUAUAUUUGAAAUGCCAUAAAUAAAUGUGAUGCCAUUGUUUUUUUAUAAGAUUUCUUACAUCAUUUGGAUACUCUUAGGUACAAAAUGUACAGUACAUCAUAUAUUGGUAGUACUCAACUCAUUCAACUCGAUUAUUCUCAAAUUACAGUUUACUAGUUCAUAAGACAAAUAAGACUAUUGAAUCACAUUAUUCUAGUUUAUAAGUCAAAUACCUUAUAACGUUUAUUCACGUUAAUGUAUUUUUGUAUGGGUUCAAUAAAGGAUUAUUAUGGUA